UCCUCCGACACCCCCCAUGUUGACAAACGAAGAAUCCCGAGGAGGUGAGGCAAGCCAUCAAACAAUAGACAUAUACAGUAAUACAGAAGCACUAGCGCUUCUUCAACCCCCACACCCACACGCUACCACAGCAAUCUUGAGGGAGCUCACCGGCGGCAAUCAUGGAUCUGGUGAUGGGGGCGAUGGGCAACCUCGCCCCCAAGCUGUACCAGCUGCUCAAAGGUGAAUACGAGCUGCAGAAGGAUGUGAGGAAGAAACUCGAGUUCCUCGAUCAGGAGCUGGAGAGCAUCAAGCCUGCCCUUGACCAGGUGGCACAAGUGCCCUGGGAUCGGCAUCACGAGCAGGUCAAGGUCUGGGCUCGUCAGAUGAGGGAGGCGUCCUACGACAUAGAAGACCUGCUCGACACCUUCCUCGUGUGUGUCCAGGGUUCUGAGCCCGCUGACCAGAGCAGGCUCAAACGCGCCCUGAAGAAGUUGGGUGGCCUGUUCGGCAAAGCCAAGGCUCGCCAUGACAUUUCUAGUGCCAUAGAAGACAUCAAGAAGCAACUCCAGGAGGUGGCUGACCGGCGCGACAGGUGCAAAAUCAACGAGAUUGUGGCCAAACCUGCUGACACUUCGGCAAUUGAUCCUCGUCUUGAGGCUAUGUACAAAGAGGUGACUCCGCUCAUUGGUAUUGAUAAGUCAAGAGGUGAGCUCCUAUCAAUGCUUUCGUCGCCCCAGGGGAAUGAGGUGUCCCAUGAGAAGAUGAAGAUAGUUUCAGUUGUCGGAGUUGGAGGAUUGGGCAAGACAACUCUUGCCAAAGCAAUGUAUGAUGAGCUUAAAUCGCAAUUUGAUUGUGGGGCUUUUGUUCCGGUUGGUCGAAAUCCUGAUGUGAAGAAAGUCCUAAGAGACAUUCUUAUAGAUCUUGACAAGAAAGAAUUCAGGGAGCCGAAAUAUGAUAUAUUGGACGUAAGGCAGCUCAUCAACGAACUCAAAGAUUUCCUCCAAAGCAAGAGAUAUUUUAUUGUUAUCGACGAUGUAUGGGAGACGAGAGAUUGGAAGAAUAUAGGAUUGGCUUUGGUUGAGAAUGACAGAGGAAGUAUAGUAAUCAAAACUACACGUAAAUCAGAAGUUGCCACCGGUGUUAUUUACCAGCUACGACCACUCUCAGAUGAUGACUCCUAAAACAUUUAUAGUAGUGACAUUUAUUUGUCUUGUCAUGCCUAUCCACUGUGGAAGGACCUCAGAUGCCUAAUAUCACCAAUGAUGUUAGCCCUUAUAUUGGACUGCAUAUCAGUAGUGACUCUGGGAACACUAGUGAGAACACUAGUGACACUAUCAGUAGUAACCUUAUUUUGUCUUUGUUCCAGAUGAUCUCCUCCUGAAACAUUUAUUUGAUCAGUUCUCUUCAGAGCCACUUUUUGUUUGGUAUCCAACUGGGCUGUCAUUCACCUCUCGAGCUCAGAUGGACACUAUCUACAUGGCACUUGGUGUUCGAGCAAUCUCCAAGGCUGUCACAAAAGAUGAAACCCAUGUUUUGAACAAGAAUCGCUUCCAAGUAGUAGAGGCAAGAGAUGCUAUGGUAACACCAGGCUUGGUCAGAAUAAUCCUUGGUUUCCUUGCCAACCCUGCUCUCGAAAUUGGCACUGACAAGAGGUACCAAAUGGCUUCUUACCUACUUGGUAUGACGGUGCUUGAGAUGAUUGAACCUAUCAGUGUGAGCUACCAAGUAAAGCUAUAAUUGGGAAGAACUGUGACAGUUAAAGGACGGCGGAUGUUCAUGUGGGAAAAAGAGAACCGCAAGCUGUACAUGCAGAAAUCUGAGGGGCCUCAUGGAAGGACGACGACUAGGAUGGAAUUCGCGCCAUGCUUUUGCGAGGAAAUUGCUCAAGGACUGUUAUAUGAGAGUUGAUCUGAUUCCAUCUCUCACCGAGCUUCUCAAGGUUGGAUUCCUGGUUGGUUUUGAGGAGGAUGAGGUUGAGUACCUACUCAAGACCAAGAAUCUGAAGCUUUAUUCUGAGGAUGAAGAUUUCCUGCAUAGUGCAUUCCCUCCUGAGAACGAGGAUGAUAAUGAUUUCUGAAGUGAAGUUUUUCUGUGGUGCUGACCUUCCUGGAAGUGGAAGCUUUAAUUCUUGGUAUGUUCCAGUUCCAGUCGUUUGCUUGUUGCAGCUUGAACAAACCUUGCCAAAAAUCAGCAAUGUUAUAUAUAUUAUCUCACUGGCUAGUUUGGUGGCUAAUAUUUUGUGGUGUGAGGCAACUAGAUAGCUGUUAUUUUGCAUGACCUCGUGUCAAGCUUUUGUCUGUACUCUAUGUGUUCUGAUUUGCCACUGUACACUUUUUUUUUGUACUUGAUAAAUGUGGUUAAAUUCUGGAAGUAGAUAGCAGUUAUUUUCCAUGAUCUCUUCUCAA